AUGGCUUUACUGCUACCUUUUGUCAUUGCUUCAAUCUUCCUCAUCUCUUCAUCUUCUGCUUCUUCUGUUCCUGAUCAUAAUAAGAAUCUCAAUAAGUUUCAGGUUCUUGAAAAAUGCUCAAGCAGAAGACACUGUGGAGUGGGGCAGUUCUGCAGUUCUUGUCCUAUAAAGUUUGAGGGAUCAAGAUGUGUGAGAUCAACAACUUCAAACCCAUUUAAUCUUUUGAAUGAUUCUCUUCCAUUCAACAGAUAUGCAUAUUUGACAACACACAACUCAUUUGCAAUUCAAAAAGAAGGGCCAAAAGAAAACCAAACCCUAAACACUACAGAGCUUCCAAGAGUUACCUUCUCAAAUCAAGAAGAUAGUAUAACACAGCAGUUACAUAAUGGAGUUCGAGCUCUUAUGUUGGACACUUAUGACUACAAAGGAGACGUUUGGUUGUGCCAUUCCUUCUUGGGAAAAUGUAAUCCGUUUACUGCAUUUGAACCUUUGAUAAAUGCUUUAAAGGAAGUAGAAGUGUUUCUUGCAGGGAAUCCAUCAGAAAUUUUGACAAUAAUAUUGGAAGAUCAUGUGGAGUUACCAUGUGGGUUAACCAAAGUAUUCAAGGCUUCAGGUUUGAUGAAGUACUGGUUUCCUCUCGCAAGCAUGCCUCAAGAUGGCCAAGAUUGGCCUUUAGUCAAGCACAUGCUUGCUAAAAACCAUAGGCUCAUAGUCUUCACUUCUCAGAAACACAAGCAAGAAAGUGAAGGCAUAGCUUACCAAUGGAACUUCAUGGUUGAAAAUCAGUAUGGACGCAGGGGGAUGGUUAAAGGGAAAUGCCCAAAACGGGAAGAGUCAGCAGAACUGAAUGACAAAAGCAUAUCAUUGGUUUUGGUGAAUCACUUCAGAACCAUUCCAAUCAAACUAACUGCUUGUAAAGAUAAUUCACAAGAUCUCAUCCACAUGCUUUCUUCUUGUUAUGUUGAAGCUGGUAAUCGCUGGGCCAAUUUUGUUGCUGUUGACUUUUACAAGAGAAGUGAAGGAGGAGGAUCAUUUCAAGCUGUGGAUAUGUUGAAUGGGAGGCUCUUAUGUGGAUGUCAUGAUCUCCAUGCCUGUUUGCAUGGAUCAUCAUGUAGACGAAGAAUGUUUCUGCAAAUCCCAUUUGAAAAAUUCGUUGGGCUAGAUAAACCCAACUAA